AUGAGCGGCAGAACUAGAGGAACAAGGGGAGCUUCUAGCUCGAGAGCGCCCGCAGUAGAGGAUCCGAGAAUAGAUGGAGUUCUUAGGGCCCUAGAGGAAAUUGGUAAUUUGAUGGGCGUACAAGCUCGGGAAAGAGCUGCUGCCGUGGCUCAGGCUGCAGAGGCUGCUGUGGCCGCUGCUAAUGUGGCAAAUGGGAAUAACCAUGGAGGAGGAAACGGGAAUGGGAAUCGCCCGAUGAGUCAGCUGGUGGAACAAUUUCUGAAACUGAAACCAGCUCGGUUUGAUGGUGCUGGAGAUCCAGAGAUGGCACCUCGUUGGAUUGAGAAAUUGGAGAAGGCCUUUGAGGUUCUUGGGUGCACUAAUGAGGAAAAGGUGACCCCGGCGGCUUACCAACUAGAAGGUACCGCAGAUGAUUGGUGGAAGGCCACUAGAGGAAGGGUAUUUCCCGAGGGCGCUGCUCUCACUUGGACCGCCUUUACUGUGGCAUUUAACGGGAAGUAUUUCUCGGGGACCGCUCGGGAGCGGAAGUUGGUAGAGUUCCAACAACUUCGCGAGAACUAG